CUACACAACAAAAUGGCAGACGCCAGUAUUUCAUGGUCUCAGGAUGAAUUUAACUGUUCAAUCUGUCUGGAUCUACUGAAGAAUCCAGUGACAAUUCCCUGUGGACACAGUUACUGUAUGAACUGUAUUACAGGCUGCUGGGAUCAGGAUGAUCAGAAGGGAGUCUACAGCUGUCCUCAGUGCAGACAGACCUUCACUCCAAGACCUGUUUUAGGUAAAAACACCAUGCUGGUUGAAGUGCUGGAGAAACUCAAGAAGACAAAACUACAAGCUGCUCGUCCUGUUCAAUGUUACACUGAAUCUGCAGAUGUGGAGUGUGACAUCUGUACUGGGGACAAAAACAAAGCCAUCAAGUCCUGUCUGGUGUGUCUGAACUCUUACUGCCAAAAUCAUCUGGAACAACAUGAGAGUUUCUUCAAAAAUAAAAAACACAAUCUAAUGGACGCCACUGGACGACUGCAGGAGAUGAUCUGCCCUAAACACGAGAAACUGCUUGAGAUUUUCUGUCGUACUGAUCAGAACUGUAUAUGUUAUCUGUGUACAAUGGAUGAACACAAAAACCACGACACUGUAUCAGCUGCAGCAGAGAGGACUGAGAAACAGAGAAAAUUGGGUGAGAUGGAGAGGAAAUUCCAGCAGAGAAUCCAGGAGAAACUGAAGCAGCUUGUGGAGUUGAGAGAGGCUGUGGAGUCUCACAAGCGCUCUGCACAGGCAGCAGUGGAGGACAGUGAGAGGAUCUUUACUGAGCUGAUCCGCUCCAUUGAGAGAAGCCGCUCUGAGGUGACACAGCUGAUCAGAGAUCAGGAAAAGACUGCAGUGAGUCAAGCUGAAGGACAACUGGAGCGACUGGAGCAGGAGAUUGAUGAUCUGAGAAGGAGAGAUGCUGAGCUGGAGCAGCUUUCACACACAGACCAUCACAUCCAUUUCCUCCAGAGUUUCCAGUCUCUCUCUCCUGUCCCUCCUGGAUCUACAGACUUAUCCAGAAUCACUGUCAGUUCUCGUCUCUCUUUUGAUGAUUUUAGUGAAGCUGUCUCAUAUCUGAGAGAGAAACUGGAGCAUUUCUGCAGAGAGGAAAUAGAACAGAUAUCUGAUAGAGUAACAUGCAUUGUGAUCAUUCCUCCCCCUGAACCCAAGACCAGGGAGGAUUUCCUUCAAUAUUCUCAUCAAUUCACUUUGGAUUUAAACACAGUGAAUAAAAAUCUCCAUCUGUCUGAAGGGAACAGAGUGAUUGAAUACACUGACACAGUCCAGCUGUAUCCUGAUCAUCCAGACAGAUUUGAUGGUCGUCGUCAGGUGUUGAGUAGAGAGAGUGUGUGUGGACGCGGUUACUGGGAGGUUGAGUGGAGUGGUAAAGUGGGUAUAUUAGUGUCAUAUAGGAGCAUCAGCAGGAAGGGACAGGGGAAUGAAUCGGAGUUUGGACGUAAUGAUCAGUCCUGGUGUUUGUUCUGCUCUGAUUCCAGUUGUUCAUACUGGCACAAUAACAAAAGGACUUCACUCCCUGUAGUCUCCAGCUCCUGUAGAAUAGGAGUGUAUGUGGAUCACAGUGCAGGAACUCUGUCCUUCUACAGCGUCUCUGACACAAUGACCCUCAUUCACAGAGUCCACACCACAUUCACUCAGCCUCUCUAUCCUGGGUUUGAGUUGAGUUCAGUGAGUAAAAGUGGAUCAAAAGUUAAACUGUAUAAAUUAUAAAUAAUUACGAUACAGAGAUUCUACAAAUAUAAAAUGUUUAUUAGAAAUUUGAUAAAUCAGCAACUGUCUUUUAUUUUCUAAUCAAUAAAUAAACACUGAACUUCUCAAUAAAAUAAAAAUCUUCUCAUAUGAUCUAAUAAUGACUGUUGAGUAAGAAAAAAGUCUUCUCAUACAGAUGAAAUUUCACAUUGAACAACCCACUGUGCACACUGUUAUAUGGUGUUUUAAAAAUGGGUUUUAUAAAAUCACUUGGACUAAACUGAAUUUUACCAGCUGAAUCCCAAUGUAAGUUUCACACUUAUGUAAUUUUGUACAAUUUGUGUUCUGUUUCAGUAAAAUGUAGCCCUUCAUUUAUUUUCAGGAGGGCAGGAAAAAUAUUAAAUUAUUCUCUUUCAGAUUUGUUAUAUGAUAACUGUAAUCCACAGUUAACAAGCAAACUAGAGAUCAUUAGCCUACUUUGUUGACCAAUAUGAAUAAGUUUUAAAAAAAUGCAUGAAAUAGUAUUACUAUACCAAGUAGUACAGUAUCAAUACAUCUAUAUUGUUGAUUUCUACAGCAAAGAAUAUUUUACUUGAUCAGCUUUCAUAUGAGUCAUAAAUCUGCCUGCAUUUUGUGUAUUUUCACAUUGUGAGUGUGUGUUUCUCCUGAUGUAUUCUGUUUACCACAGGAAACACUCUGUAACUCUAGGUACAGUUCACUCAAUAAAUAUCACUGCCAGGGCAAUUA